UGCCCUCCAGUGACACCUCGGCGCUGAGCCGUAGGAACACGGUAUGAUUACACACGAGACCUCUACCGUCACCUGGGCAUAACGGGGCACGCAACCUGACUCUCUGCAUGUGCCUUUUUAUGAAGUUGUUCCCGUUACAUUCAGAAACAUUUUUUUUUUACCGGGAAGUAUUUACCUGGAUAGCAGCACGCUGGAAGAACUAAGUAGCAUAACUUUCGUUCAGUUUGGACUAUUUUAUGCGAAGUUCAAGAUUUGAAAAUGUGGACUAAAUGGACCUAAAAUAUCCGGUAAUGGCGUAUCGAUAAUGACGACCGUCCUAUCCUGUAACAGAAGUGGUCAACUACGUUGAAAUUGGAUGCAUUUGUAUUUGUGUGGGGAAAUGAUCUAGGACAGCCUUCGAUACUUUCACCCCGAUCGUCAUGAACUCCGAAAAGCCCCGUUUUCUAUCGCAACCUGUCGUGAAGAACAUUUUCGUGUAUCGAAAUGGAGAUCCGUUUUACGAGGCUCGCCGGUUAGUGGUAAACCAAAAGAGAGUGUCCAAUUUCGAUACUUUUCUUCGAGAUGUGACCGGGGGUGUGCAGGCUCCGUUUGGAGCGGUUCGGAACAUCUACACCCCUCGAAUGGGCCAUCGGGUGGCCUGCCUGGACCAUCUACAGAGCGGGGAACAAUAUGUCGCUGCCGGGAGAGAGAAAUUCAAGAAAUUGGAUUAUUCACAGAUAGGUUCCAAAAAGAAGAGGAUGCUCCUUACUUCUUCAGGACAGCCUUAUCCACAGGCUAAACCGGUGCCCCAGAGUCGAAUCAUUGUAUCAGCAAGAUUCCUGAAACCCAUCAAAGAGCCCUGUUCGAUUUUCGUGGUAGCGAAUGGUGAUGUGUUGACCCCAGCAUUAAGACUGCUGAUACCCCAACGGAUACUGGACCAAUACGACAGGGUUCUGGAGAUGAUCACUGACAAAAUGGGUUUGAGAAUCCUGGGCCUUUACACCUUUGAUGGAAAUCAUGUGAACGAGGGAAAGGACUUGGAGAGUGGACAGUUUUACGUGGCUGUUGGGAGAGACAAGUUUAAAAGACUUCCUACAGUGACCUUCUGUUCACCAAACCAAGGGGAAUACGAAGGACUACAGG